AAUUGGGCUGCUAAAAUGGCUGUGGGACUUGACAUUGGUGUGCCCUGGGUGAUGUGCAAGCACGACGACCCUCCUGAUCCCAUUAUUAAUACUUGCAAUGGCUACUACUGUGAGGGCUUCACUCCCAACCAAGUGUACAAACCCAAAAUCUGGACUGAGAAUUGGAGUGCCUGGCUCACUGAGUAUGGAGCUGGAGUCCCUAAAAGACCAGCAGAAGACAUGGCAUAUGCAGUUGCCAGAUUCAUACAAAAUGGAGGCUCAGUUGUUAAUUACUAUAUGUUCCAUGGAGGAACUAACUUUGGCCGGACGUCUGGCCUCUUCGUUACAACAAGCUAUGACUAUGAUGCUUUUGUUGAUGAAUUUGGACUUCUAAACCAACCUAAAUGGGGGCAUAUGAAGGAUUUGCAUCAAGCAAUAAAGCAAUGUGAAUCAGCUUUAUUGUCUGUAGAUCCCGAAGAGACUUGGUUUGGAAAAUACCUGGAGGUUCGUGUGUUCAAGGCAAACUCUAGUUGUGCUGCUUUCCUCGGAAAUUAUGAUCCCCAAACAUGGGGAAAGGUGACAUUUGGCAAUGCCCAAUAUGACCUGCCACCCUGGUCUGUUAGCAUUCUGCCUGAUUGCAAAACCGUCGCUUUCAAUACUGCAAAGGUUAGUGCACCAAGCACUGAUAUGACGUUUACACCUGUAAUUAAAGCAUUUUCAUGGCAGUCAUACAGCGAACUACCCGGGUCUCCCGGUGCAGGCGAGACGUUUUCAAAGAAUGAACUUGUUGAGCAGGUUAAUACCACGUGGGAUUCUACAGAUUACUUGUGGUAUAUGACAGAUAUCACUAUCGGAGGUAAUGAUCUGAAGAAUGGACAAUCUGCCAAUCUCACUGUAAUGUCAGCAGGCCAUGCUUUGCAUGUUUUCAUUAAUGGUCAAUAUUCAGGAACUGCGUAUGGGAGUUUAGGAAACUCUAAAUUUACAUUUAGUCAGGAGGUAAAGCUGAAUGUUGGCAGUAACAAAGUUGCUUUGCUUAGUGUUUCUGUGGGCCUACCGAAUAUCGGUGUUUUUCAUUCUGUGCACUUCGAGACCUGGAAUGUUGGGUUGUUAGGUCCAGUCACGCUGAGUGGUCUAAGUGAAGGGACAAGAGAUUUGUCAAAACAAGAAUGGUAUUACAAGAUUGGCCUGAGAGGUGAAAUCUCACCCAUUUAUACUGAGAGCGGUAGUACCUCUGUUAAAUGGGCAGAAGGUCCAGAAUUGGCCAAUAAAAGAGCCUUGACAUGGUACAAGACUACCUUUGACGAACCGGCAGGUACCGAUCCAUUGGCUUUGGAUAUGCUUAGCAUGGGGAAAGGUCAGAUAUGGAUAAAUGGUCAGAACAUUGGACGGCACUGGCCAGCAUAUAUAGCAAAGGGUAAUUGUGUUGACAAGUGCAAUUAUGCUGGAACUUAUACUGAUACAAAAUGUCGACUUUAUUGCGGAUCACCCUCACAAAGAUGGUUUCAUGUCCCUCGUGGAUGGCUAAAGCCAACUGGGAAUCUCUUAGUUGUAUUUGAAGAAAUGGGAGGUGACAUUGGCUAUAUCGCUUUAGCCAAAGAAACAAGGUAGUAGAUUACAAAAUGAAGAUGAUGCAAGUAUGGAAUAUGUUGAA